UCCGAUCACAGAGCAGAGCAGAAGGAUGAAGUUCAACAGUGCUUUGAGUGUUGCUGGAGUCACACUUCUCUACAUAACAGGUUCACUCUGCCAGUUAGAUGUAUGUGGUCGAGCUCCUCUCAAUAACAAGAUUGUUGGAGGGGAGGAUGCGACGGCAGGUUCUUGGCCGUGGCAGGUCAGCAUUCAUGUCUCUGGCUCAAGUCAUAACUGUGGCGGGACUCUCAUCAAUAAAGACUGGGUGUUAUCUGCAGCGCACUGCUUCCAGGAUUUCGUUUUGUCUGACGUUGUGAUGUACUUCGGUCGUCUGAGUCAAUCUGGCUCAAACCCUGAUGAGACGUCCAGGACAGCGAGUCAAGUCUUUAACCAUCCUGACUAUAAUAGUCCUCCCUUUGACAAUGAUAUAGCACUGGUCCAGCUCUCCUCCUCUGUGACUUUCUCUGAUUACAUUAAGCCGGUCUGUCUGGCAGCGGCUGGGAGUGUGUUUGGUGCAGGGACAGAGAGCUGGGUCACUGGAUGGGGAAGACUGCAAGCUGGAGCCCUCCAGCUUCCUGACAUGCUGCAGGAGGUGAUGAUACCGAUUGUGAGCGACAGUGAUUGUGAAAAGGCUUAUGAAGGGACCUUCACAAGCAAUAUGCUUUGUGCUGGAUUGUUAAAUCAGGGAGGAAAAGGUCCAUGUCAGGGAGACUCUGGAGGUCCGAUACUCAGCAGCAACAGCUCCCUGUGGAUUCAGUCUGGCAUUGUGAGUUUUGGGAAAGGAUGUGCUGAGCCCACAUUUCCCACUGUGUUCGCCAAAGUCUCUCAGUUUCAGGACUGGAUCAAGUCUUUAACGGGCAGCAACCCGCCUGGAUUCGUUGUAUUCAGAAAUGGCAUUCAACAAGCAACUCCAACUCCAACUCCAACUACAGAUCAAACAUCCAACUCCAACUUCGGAAGUGUUCCCAACUUCCUCUUAUUCCCCCUUUCUCUUACAUUCUCCAUCAUUUCUUUCUCCCUGUUUCUCACUCCCUAAAUUUCGCUUGAACAGAAAAAAAAGCAGUUAUAUUGUCAUAUUUGCUAUUUAUUCAUUAUCAUUCUCUAAACGUGAUCACAUUAAAAAGCUGUCUUAUUGAUAUUGUAAGAUCAUAAAUAAGUUUAGCACGCUUUUGUCCUCUGAGAUUCAGGAUAUUUACAUAAAUAGUAGAAAUGAA